AUGGUGGCUCCGAAGAAAGGCCGUGGCGCUAAAAAUCAAGCAGCGAAAGCAAAAGCCGCUGCUGCAGAAAUUCCUGAGACGGAAAUAGCUGAAGCAGUAGAGGAAAAUAAUGGAGACGCACAGCCAGAGUCUGAGCAGGCUGAAGAAGUGACUGGAGCGGAAGAAGGCAAUGAAGAACAAGCUGAUGCUGAUCAAAAUCAAGAAGGCGCAGAGAACGCGGCAGGUGAAGAAUCAAAGGAAGAAAAAGUGGAAUCUGGUAAACUGCUUGUAGAAAAUCUACCACCGAGCUAUCUUUUUGACUACCAAGAUAAACUUAAGGAGCUGUUCUCCAAACAUGGUGAAAUCAUCAGUGUCAAACGUGGUCCAAUCAUUGUUACUGAACUGACCACAUCUCCGACAUUAUCGGCUAUAGUCGAAUUCAAAAACAAAGAUUCUCUGGAGAAGGCGCUGACAGAAGAGGGUACGCUCCUCGACGGCAAUGCUAUAUCCGUCGCAGCGGAGUCCCGAGCCGAGACCGCGGUCCUAGUGGGAGUGCCAUAUGAGGCCAGCUCAGACUAUGUCCGCUUACUGUUCUCGCAGUGUGGAGAAGUUGCUCAUGUGCAUGAGUUCAGCAAGACUAAGUUUAAGAUCUUACGGGUGACGUUCCACGAGAAGGAGGCCGUGGAAAAGGCGCUGAAGCUCGACCGGGAGCUGCGCGUCAACGGCUUCCUGGUCACCGUCUCUAAGUAUCGCGAUGAGGACGAACAGAAGGCGCAUUCGGCCAAUUCUAAUAAGAACAAACGCCAGCACGCGCAGCAGAACCGGCAGGCGAGCGCCAACACUAACAACGCGGCGGGCGGCGCGCGCGCCAACAACUUCCGUCCGCGCGGCGGCGCCUUCAACGCCAGGGGGAACUUCAGAGGUGGUCGUGGACGCGGCUUCGCGGGCCGCGGCGGCGCCUUCCCGCGCGGGGGCUUCGCGCCCGUCAACACGUACCUGCCGCCCGCGCCACAGCCAUUCAUGGGACGACCGCAAGGAGGCUUCAUGAACGACGGCCAGCGGCCGAACAAGCGGCUCCGACAAAUG